AUGUCUACAGUGGAUGAUCUUCUUGCGCGAAAAGAAGAAUUAGAGCGCGAAAUCGCAGAACUCAAACAGGUGGAAAGGGUACUGGGUGAUGAAAUAGUGGGUCUAGAUGAGGAAGUGGAGGAGGAUGUGACAAGAAUUGACGAAGAAUUGGCACACCACCAAUAUUUUGAUGAGCUAAUACAGAACUUGAUGACCGAGGGGAUACGACAAGUUGAGAUAGACAAACGCCUUAGGAAUGAUGCUAAACGUCAGAAGCGCGAAAGCGCGACUAAACGUAGCAAUGACGAAUAUGAUGAACUACGCGAAAGACUAGAACCUGCCAUUCGUCUCGAGAACGCGUAUCGUUUGGGUGGACUCACUGCAUUCCCCGUCAAUGAUCCUCAGGAAGGCGAGUCUGACCGGUUUCUGGGAAUAAGAUUCGAUAUCUUUGACCCGUACUCCUUCAAAUACACAUCCCCACACUAUGUGAUCUUACGCAAGGAUCCGAAAAACGACCUUUGGGAGGUUUUCAAGACCACUAUCCCCAAUUAUGUUCCUCUCGGUACGCUUGCUUACGAGCAUUUGAAUGACGAUAUGAUUAGAUUUGCAGGUCAUGUGCGCCGUCACCUUGUACAGUUACAGCUCAAGAAGGCCGUUUUCCUCCGAUUGCAGGAGAAACUUGAAUCUCCAUCAGGCUUAGAUCACGAUCUCGAUUUCACCAAGAUAAGCGUCAACUUUAAAGAUAAGUUGGAAAUAGUUCUGAUCUGCGACCUGUACCGCGUCACCAAAGUGAUGGCCACCUACAUUGAUCCCGAGGUGAGCAGCGUAUCCAAACAGGUUGAAAUUUUACUGUCUGGAUUAUCCUUUAAUGAUUUUGAUGAGAAAUUCCUUGAGGUGAUCACAAGCGUCGUAUGA